AUGAUGCAUCCAACCAACGCUUUUUCGGAGUGCUUACGUCGUCAGCUUAUCAGGAUGAGCGAAGCGAAGUCUGAGUCUUCUAGUGAUUCCAGGCGCAUCAUGAUGCUGUCUUUCGCACUGAGCUUUUGCUUUGUUCAGCUGCCAAUAUUUGGCCAUGCCGUACCUCAAUCAUUCUCUACCCAUCUUCCCAAGCGUCAGGAUGUGCCAUCAUCUGAACUACCAUGUUUGAGUAUCAUCUCUGCAGCAGCGCAAGGUGUUUAUAUCUUUGCAGCAUCUGAUGUCUACGAUUGUAUCAGCAGGGUACCUUUUCGUGCAGACGUUGCCUCUCGUUUUAUCGACUACUACAACGACACGUUGCAGUUCCAAAGCACGCUACGAUACUUGAACGACCCUCCAGACGGGUAUCAACAACCAUCAGUCGACGUACAACAAGAGCUCGAGAACAUCCGGGCAGACAUCGUCUCAGGCAAAUACAAGACCCAAUAUGCUUUCGAGGAGCAAGUACAGGUACUCAUUAGCCGCAUCCACGAUAAUCACGUCACAUUAGAUGCAGGUAUUCUAGCAGCUUUUAAAUUCGCCAGUCCUUACACACUCUUGUCCCUCUCGGAGAACGGCUCAGAAGAGCCAAAGAUUUACCUGAAGGAGGAUCUACUCGCGGCUGCCAAAGAAGGUUACGAAGCCUCCCCAGUCACAAAGAUCAACGGCAUCGAAGUUAUCGAAUAUUUGACGUCGCUAAUAGCACCUAAUUCGGAGGGUUACGUUGAGCCGCACGCUGAUUGGAACUCUCUCUUGAGUAGUCCUGCCAAGGAUAUACAAGGAUACCUCAGCAUCUUCCAGCGUCUGCCGCUAUACCCAGGAGAUGAACUGAACUUUACCUUUGAGAACAAUACAUCUCUAGAUACCAUUUGGCUUGCCUUAUACGCAGAAAACGCACGUACUGGCCCUUUGACUACGCCUGGAGAUUUCUACAACUACUUUGUGCUUGGGCUAAUACCUGCUGGUUUCGAUCCCAAUGACGCUUCUUCACCUCCAUGGUGGCCUGCGGAUUACAACAUACCUUUUGAAGAGUACGAAGCUCCAUCAAACCCUGAGCCAGGCUUUGACUGCUCAACCUCUGCAGGUCCGGCGGUAAAUUGGUGCAGUGUUACCAAUGGCAACAUUGGAGCAUAUCCCAAUGAUCCAGUAGUAGUGCAGAACAACAUGUCGAUCACUGGGGCUGGUGCCAUCUCGGGAUAUAUCUUUGAUGACAUAUCUACCGGAGUCCUCAGCAUACCAAGCUUCUAUCAGGACGGCCUUAGUGUGUCUUACUUCUUCGAUGCUAUCGACGAAUUCAUUGGAAAUGCGACCGCUAAAGAGAUCAAACGCGUGGUUAUAGACCUCCAGCAGAACACUGGUGGGCUGGUCUUGCUUGCUAUGACAACCUUUCAACAAAUUUUUCCUGAACUGCCCCUCUAUACAGGAAGCCGCAUCAGAAGCCAUCGGUGGGCAGACAUUCUUGGUACAGCAUAUACAGAUUGGUGGCAAUCCUUAGAUCCUGAUUCUUUCGAGUCUCAAGAUUCCGCAGCAUCAGAAUGGAUUGCUGUGAAUCGCAUCAAUGCCGCUACAGGGCGCAACUUUGCGUCGUGGUCAGAGUACUUUGGGCCUGUUUUGGAUCGCAAUGAUGCGUUUUCUCAAAAGCAACUCUACAACCUCAGCGAUAGAAUUUUUGUUUAUGACAUGUUCGGAUGGACUUACCAACCUUGGGUGAACUCGAGUUUUGUUGUUGCAAACCCUGGCUGGAACCCCGAUGAGAUUGUCUUGCUUACUGACGGACUAUGCUCUUCUGCAUGCGCAUUGUUUGUGGAACUCAUGACGGAGCUCGCAGGCGUACGAACGAUAUCGUUUGGAGGUCGCCCCCAGCACGGACCGAUGCAGACAGCGAGUGGCAACCGCGGAGCUGCUGCCUACACUUCAAAUCGCAUCGAUUACGACAUCGACAACCUGAAGACUCUGAUCGGUGAUGAAGCCGCCUUCAACAGUAUUCCGUCCCGUAACGACACUGGCAUAUUCACGAAUUACGCAUUGUUCAACCUCCGCGAUCAAAUGCGCCCCGAGGAUUUGACGCCACUACAAUUUCGCUACGAAGCAUCCGAUUGUCGGUUGUAUUACACUCCCAAGAAUGUUUACAACAUGAGCCAAUUGUGGAGAGACGCCGCCACUGCCACUUGGGAUGAUACGACACUUUGCGUGCCUGACUCCACAAACUAUUCCAAACGCACAAGAACACAACGCAAACCCCCACCGAAACUCAGCAGUCAAGCAUCCGUUCACUACACAGUCUCAGGUAUCCAACUGGCAGACCCCUUGGAAGUCUCGUUCAAUACAAGUGUAGGGCUGAUGGACAAUAAAACACCGCCCAAUCUCAACAAAUAUCAGAAGUGCGACAGCAAUAUCAACUGCCCAGCCAGUUUGAUCUGUGCGCCAGCGGUGGCGUCCUGUAACACGGAGGGAGACACUAAAAUAUGGCUAUGUCUCCAAAGGUGCAAUACCUUACAAGGACUCGCUGGUGACUGCAAACCUCAACAACUAGCCCAGUCUACUGCGCAGCAGCCUAUAAUGAAACGAUCACCUCAGCCACAGCGUUAUGGCCCUCGUCUUGCAGGUUCGGCUCCAGCGAAACCUGCUGGUCAAUUAUCGAGCUUCAGCUUUCCGCCGAAAUCCUCAUCCACGACGGUUGGUCAAGGCGUGUAUAAUGGGUACAUUCAGCCUGGUAUAGUCAAGGCAAGUAGCUACUAUCCAAACUCCGCUUGUAGUAUCGUCUAUUCACUACUACUUGCAAUGCCCCAGGGCUUUGGUGAGCUGAUGAACUGCUUCAACAUGGUUCGUCGACCAAACCCUCGCGCUCAACUUGCAGCUUCUAUUGCAACCCCAAACGGUACUAACACACCAUCCACUGCGAAUACACGCAUGCCAAAUCAAGCUGAAACGUGGUUCUCGAGCUUUGCACUCUUCGUGUACGACCCGACCGCCAGCAUCAGGGAUAACUUCGACCGACUAUCGUCACAGCGCAAGUGGGGCGAGAAGCUUCGAAGAAAGCAUUGGACAAACUGUCAGGCAGCUUCAGCAGCCCUAGAUCACGAUGAUACGGAUAACGAUGUCCAUACCCAAACCCCAAGUCAGGCUGGUGCAUGGUUCCAGAAGUUCCCUCUUUUCGUGUACAAUCCGACGGCUGGAAUCAGGAGCAAUUUCGAGCGCCUAGCGGCGCAGCGUAAGUGGGCCGGAAAGACUGUGAGAAAGCGUUGGGCCGAGUGUCAGGCGGAAGAGUUCGACUAUGCAUAUGGAACAGAUACGACGAAGCUAGAAACCUGGCAGAAUCUCUGUCGCGAGGUACACGUUAGCGAUCCACCAGGCAGUAUCACCCAGUGCAAGAGGGUGCUUGGUAGCCGGAAUGUCUUAGUCAACUUGGUUAAUCUUAUCGAUCAUCGUAACAUCGGUGUUGAGGUCAUCCGCUUUAAGAACUAUUACAAGUUCCGGGAAUAUACAUCGCCGGACAACAUUUUUCCUCGGGGGAGGGCGAAACAGGACGAAGGUGGCGUUUCCAUCGUACCUGAAGCCGUGACAAUUGCUUCUGAUUCCUCAAGCGAUUGCAGCACUCCUCCCCCAAGCGACAACGGUUCUUCCGAUCAAGGCCAUGACUAUUUCGCGCAGGAAGAAUUUCACGGAUUUUUCCCGAGCCCUGAAGACGAUCUGAUAGCCAAACUGAGUAAGCUCUCUAUUCAUCAAGGUUGGUCUAAGAGCGAGGAGAAGCGACGUCGCGCCGAAGUCGUUGAGUUUGAGGUAUUACGACACUACGGCCCCGACAAGUCGAGCCUGGCAAAGUGGCAGGAACUGUGUCGGGACGUCAAGAUCGAUCCGAUUCCACAGUCUAUCACACAGUGCAAGAAAGCUCUCUCACGCGUCUAUGUCAACAUCUUCAACAUCCUUGACCACCGGAACGAUCCAGAGCGCUAUCCGGUCAUUACCUUCAAGAACUACAAGCUCUUCCGCGCAUACACCCUUAAGGGUCGUAUCUUCCCUUUGGAUCAAGCGAAGGAGGAAGGGUUUGUCAAGGCUCUUCUUCGCCCACUCUUCAUGAACAAGAACAAAGUCGCUGAUCUGAGCAAGGUUGGUGUGAUGUCUCUGUCGAUGCAUGUGAAGUCAGAACUAGUGGGCGAGAUGCCCGGUGGCCUUGCCCAGGCUACAAUGCAGCAGGAAAAUGAGCGUAUGAAGCUGAAAGAUGGCCGUACCCUAUCCUACGCUGUUUACGGCAGCCCGGUACCCCAAAAAACAAUAGUCUUUAUGCAUGGCUGCCAAUCGUCGCGCUACGAAGGCAAGCUCUGGCACUCGGCUUGCGCCCUACACAACGUCCGAAUCAUCGCUCCCGACCGUCCUGGCAGCGGCCUAUCGACCUUCCAAGCCAACCGUCGUAUCCUCGACUGGCCUGCCGAUGUGCUUGCCCUGGCCGACCACCUCAAGAUCCACAACUUCUACGUACUUGGUGUAUCUGGAGGCGCACCUUACGUACUGGCCUGCGUGAAGGAGAUAUCGAAGGACCGCUUGAUGAGCGCUAGCAUAGUCAGCGGCUUGUAUCCAGUCAAGUUGGGGACAGCAGGCAUGACGUUUCCUUCGCGCAUUGUCCUAUGGGCAGCGCCAUGGAUGACUGGUCUGGUCACCACCUUGUUCGAUAGUACCAUGGGCAAGGCGAGUCGCAACGACGAUCCGAAAGUCCUAGAGGAAAUGAUUGCCAAAGAGAUCCAAUGUCGACAUCCCGGCGACCAAGAAGCCAUCAAAGACAAAACUAACUGGCCCAUCUACGUAGCCAUGACCAGGGAAUCGUUUUAUCGAGGGAGUGAAGGCGUAAGCUGGGAGGCAAAAUUGAACGGCAGCGACUGGGGCUUCGAGCUUGGACAGCUGUACGUUGGUGACAAUGGGAUCCCUCUUACGCUGUGGCAUGGUCGGGAGGACCAGAAUUGCCCUGCUGCAAUGGCCCAGAAGGCCAAGGACCUGUUGCCAGGCACCUCGCUACGCUUGAAGGAUGGUGAAGGUCCGAUGAGUUAUAUAUUUCAGAACGCCGAUGACAUAUUGGAGGCUCUGAUGGGUGAGAAUGAGAGUGAGGAAUACAUGGUGGUAGACGCCGCGUAA